AUGACUUCCUAUCAGGAGUUAACGGCCGAAGGGGAGACUAGCCCUCUGCUCACAGGCUGCUGCUGCCGCCGAGCGAAAGAGGUCAUAAACCGGGACCUGGGCGGCGGGUCUCAUCCACAACUCGGCUUUCGUGGCGAGGAGGGGACACUGGAGGUGGAAGUCGCCUCAGGAUUUUACUCCCCGCUUCUGUGCGCUUCUUUGGACAGCCCUCCUCCACCUCUCCCACAGACUCCGGAGGGCUUCUCGGCACCGGCCUGCCCCCACUCGUCCCGUGUCCCCUGGCGGUGCAGGGCGCAGGGGCAGGGCUCUCCAGGACGCGGAUACUGCGCGUCAAACGACGACGCGCGGCGCUGCGCUUUUGGGUCACUUGCGGAACAAUUCCAACUCUAUUCUCACGGCGACCCCGAGAUUCACGUCGCCGUGGGAAGUUCGGUCAACUCGGACUGUAGCGAUCCGGAUGGAAAGAGUAAAACUUUUGGGUGGAUGAGAGUGAAAAGGAGUCGGCAGCGGGCGGCCAGGAUGCACAUGACCUGUGGGUUCAGUCUGGUCGGCUCGGGCCUCGGCGUGGCGGAGGCUGGGAGCGGCAGCGCCUUCACGGACGGUCGUCCGUCGGUGAACGGAGCCCCGAGGACCAACUACAGCACCAAGCAGCUGACCGAGCUGGAGAAGGAGUUCCACUUCAACAAGUAUCUGACGCGGGCAAGGCGGGUGGAGGUGGCCGGCGCCCUGCAGCUGAGCGAGACGCAGGUGAAAGUUUGGUUUCAGAACAGACGCAUGAAGCAGAAGAAAUUGCAGAGAGACGGGCUGAUCCGCGACCCGAGGCCCGCGGCUGCGCACUCGCACGGCGGCGGCGGAGGAGGAGGACACACUCUGGACACCUGCCCCUCUCCCGGACCGACCUCUCCCUAAAAGAAAAAAAAAAUAAAAAGAAAGAAAGAAGAAGAGAAGACAGAACAGAACACCUGCCUCCCCCCCUCCUCGCCCCCUCCUCCCCCCUCCACAUCCUGAACUGAACAUGCAAGGAGCUGCGUCGUGCGUUACGCGGCAGCCUGCAGAUGUUUUGAUUCGCGUUUGCAUCGGUUUCAAUCAGGCUUCACCUUUAUUUGCUUACCACGAUGAAUGCUCGUCGCAAGAAGCGCGAUGGCAAGUUUCUUCAUGCAAGAGCGGCCGAAAACGAUUUGUCAUCCUCCCCCGGCUUCAGACUGGCGCUCUGAUUUGAAUAUUAAAAUCCAAGUCAUUCCAUUGCGCUCCUGCCUGCACAAUGUAAACGAAGAUACAAAACGUAUAUUAAUUGAGCAUAGAAGCGAUGGCCCAUUUGCUUAUUUAUUUUGGACAAUUUAUCCAGGAACUGACUUUACUUGAAUAUAUUUAUUCAGCAGGGCACGUGCGUAUCGCGGUUUUCUUUCAAACGACAAAUUAUUAUUAUUAUUUUAUUUAUUUAUUCAAUGAUCAGCCUACAUGUGGGGAUAUUUAUUUUAUUGAAACAGAAAGACAAUCCUUUUGAGUAACUUUUUGGAUUUAUUUUUUUAGUAUCAAAUCAGUGCUGCUGUCUCCAUGGAACUUAAUUUCUCUAUUUAUUUGUGUCUGGCAGCCCACAUUUGAACAUUUGAGCAGAAAUGCACCUGUUGUAGCUUUUAACACGCAUGUCAGAAGCCUGUUGUUGACGCUCCAAUGCUGCUUUGCCUCGAUUUCUAAGCUGUUCAUUAUCUUCCAUCCACGCAAAGAUUAAAAUGCCAUAAUUGACGCAUCGACUUAUUGGAGAGUAUCGAUCCGCAGUGAUCCAUCCGCAAAUCUGGGAGCAAAUCUGCAUGCAUCUGUAACUGCACGUUAAUGGAAUGUAGAAACAUCACGAUCGGGAGUUGUUGCCUCUUUUUAUUGCCCUUAUACAUGCAUCAGAAAAUGACAAUUUAGCUUGAACGCUCAUGCGGGAGAGCAGACAAUAAAAACCUUGCCUGCGCCUGUUUUGCGCAUCAGCCAAUAAAAGUGCGUGGCCCCAGCAGCUAAAUAUUCCUUCUAGAUUCCCAUCUCAUCUCAUAUAAAGUAAAUGAUAGUAAACACGGCUCUUAAACAUUGUUAGGGUCCCGUAUUGUUUUUUAUUUUAUUUUUUAGCAUGUUAAUGUCUCUUUUAAUAUCAAUAUAUGGGCCAUGAGCCACAUUCAUUUAAUGUGGGGGGAUAUUUUUGUUAAGCUUUCAAUUAGCCUGUUUGUGAAGGUUUACUGGAUGCAAAAUGGAUAUUUAUCUUAAGAGAGCAAUUAAAAUUGGCUGUUGUAGAUUAGAGCAAAAGUGCAUCAAUAAUACUGAAUUAAUUAGGUCUGCUAUAAACCUUUAACAGGUGUCUUGCAAAUAUAAUGCUGCAGAAUAUACUUCUGUAAAAAUAGGACAAUUGCAGCUCUGUAGAAGUAGAAGUGGACAUGAAGGCUGCAAGGCCAAGCUAAUGUAUGCAGUCACACCAGAGUUCACCCCUCACCUCCUGACCUUUGUCUUGCCUCGGGACAACAGUGACCUGGUCAGCGGCUCAGAUAGAGAAAGAUGCACCAUUCAUUUGGGUGACCUCCGAGUCUGAGCUUUUUCUUUCUUUCAUUUUCUCCUUUUUUCCCCAACAAGCAGCUCCGAACGCCUUUGUUCUGGUGGUGGGUUCUCUAUGUCCACACAGCCAUAUUUCAUGGAGCUGAAUAGAAAGGCAACCAGGCCAUAUGAUAAUUGUUCAUAUUAUAAUUCCAUACCAGGCCACAUAAUGCAUUUUUCCCCUCCUUACACCUAGAGCUAACCUAAUUUUUGCCCUAUCUCUUAUUUUAAUGAGCCAAAAAAUGCACUUCUACUGGCUCACUUUAUAAACUGGAUAAAGGAGUCUUUUCACCCAAUAGUUUUUUUCAUACAAAACUACAGACUUAUUUUUAAUAGCAAAGCUGAAAAAUUAAAGUUACUUGAGCAUUCUUAAUACUAUUCCAUGUCAGAGACAGCAUAAACAAAAUUUGGAGCAGCCAUUCAUUAGAUGCUCACAGCUUAUUUAUUUCAUGCAUAUUCGCUUGAAUAAUUUUUAAGAACACACAUUAAUCCCCUCCAAACAAUAUCUUUUAUAAUGUUCCUCUCAUGAAUAUUAAACGACAGCUUGGAAGGAAUAAAAGUUCAAACUUAAAGCAGAGAAACUUACAUGUAAAAGUUUUUUUUUUUUUAAAUAAUUGACAAGAAUAAUUUUAUAUUCAAACAGGACUGAAAUGUGCUGAGCCCAGUUCAUUUUUACAUUUGCAUUUAAACAAAACACACACCAUUAAGGUUGCCUUCCUCUAAACAAAAUAGUGCAAAGUGGAAUGUUUAACAAAACCAUCAAAUGUGUUCGUCUUUUUAAUGCAAAGUGUGUGAAGGUUACGAGGUUGAUGAUGAGGACAAUGAUGUUGAACUCAUGCGAUGAUGAAGCCUGCGACUAUAAAAUUGGUCUCUCAUGUCCACUGUUCCCACUGAGAAGUGUGUUGCCUUGACCUUAUUAGAAACUCUUUUGUCAUCUGUGCAAAUAUGUUCCUUUGCCACAGGGCUUUGGGUUACAGGUUGCAAUGUGUGCAGAGGAUGCUUGCAGCAGGUGUGCACUCACACUUCUUUUUUAACUUACCUCAUCACUGUUUUUACUCUGUAAGAGAUUCAGUCAGUAAUACUGUUUAAGCAGGAGUACAAACAAUGUGUUAAAGCAAAAACGUAUUGUGAAUUAAAAGGUUGAGGUGAAGGUGUAGGAGGUAAAAGGA